AUGGCCCCGGGCACCGGCGGUAAAAGAAAGAGAGGAGAUAGAACAUGGUCUAGCGAUUCAGGACACGACGGACAGAGACCAUCCCCCCAUCGACCUGGCAAUCUGAACCUUGCGCAACACAAUCAACCUCAGUCUCCAAGUCCGCGCCAGAACUCUGGAGAUAACGGCGGUGGAAGGAACCGAAGACCGAGCAGAGGAGGUAGAACACCAUCGGGUCGUGUGCCGACAAUCUCUCAAGAUCAACCAACGCCCGCUACAGAUUCCUCAAUGGCUCCCCCAUCGACACCCCAGCCGAAUACGGCUUCUGAACCUCGUCAGGCUAAUGCAGCUAGUGUUACAAAGAUUGCGCCAAUGAACCAAGUGCCGUCGAAUGAGCCUGAGAACACCAACUAUCCUUUCGAAUACGUCACACAGGAGAUCAUAACAGGAUGGAUGAAAAAUGGCAAACAAAAUAUAAUCAAUCAAGGCAUCGCUGCACGGAAGAACGACGAUAUGAUCACUUUAGGAUGUGUUUUCCAAGAGAUCAUUCGAGCAGUUUUGUCCAGAAAACUGAACCCUUCAGAGGCAGGAGAUGCUGUCAAGCAGAUACUUAUCAAUGCAGGACAGGAGAAUGGACCUGGUCAGAGCGACGACGCCGCCUCAUUCUUCUUAAAUACCUUGUCUAUCCUCGCCGAAGAGAAGGAUGGAUCAAACGCAGCCUUGAAACCGUUCGUGUUCGCCACCGAGAUUUCUCCGGCGUUGUUACGCCUCGAGCUAGACACCAAUCUCAUCCAAACUCUGGGCCUUGUACGAGACACUUUCGCACGUAUCGGAAUUCGCAAACAGACAAAUGUACUAUAUCGACAAUCCAACUACAACCUUCUUCGUGAAGAAUCCGAGGGCUACUCCAAACUGGUCACAGAACUCUUCACGACAAGCAACACCGAGUCCCCUUCCAGUGAGAUUGUGGAAGAAACGUUCGAGCGAGUGAAAGCCAUGAUUGGAGCCUUCGAUCUGGAUGUGGGACGCGUUCUUGAUGUGACUUUAGACGUGUUUGCGGCGGUGCUUGUGAAAAAAUACCAUUUCUUCGUAAGAUUCUUACGGGCUAGCUCAUGGUGGCCUAAAGGGGAUCGCUUGCGCCGAGAGGAAGAAAACGACGUUUACUCUGGUCUACCUAGUUGGGCUAUUCCAGGAUGGACUGCUUACGAUGACGAGAAAAGAGAAGACCUUGCAAGGACGCGCGACGAACGGGACCAAGCGUUUUGGAAUCGUGUGCGAGAAGCCGGUAUACGUGCCUUUUUUGAGAUUGGCCGGCGUGCCUUAUCAGAUGAAGAGAAGCAGAUUGCUCUCGUGGAGGCUAGCAACCACGGAGAACUUGAAGCCGAGACCAGACGAUGGAUUGAGGAAACGGGUACACUACCACCGAAGGGUAAUCGUGUGGCCGCUCAGCUUCUUGGAUUCAAGCUUCGCUUUUAUUCGACAUCCGCCCGCGAAGCAGGUUAUCUUCCCGAGAACCUAAUCUGGGUUGCUGCGCUACUAAUUAAAAUUGGCUUCAUUUCUCUCCGUGACCUUUAUCCUCAUCUUUGGCGGGAAGACGACUCGAUGCCAGAGCUUGAAGAAAAGCUGAAAAAGGAAAAACUAGAACGAGAGAUGAAAGCCAAACCUGGAGGUGGUGUCAACGCCCUCAUGCUUGCAGGUGCACUGCCAGAUGACACACUUCCUCCUGUCUCUCGCUCUCGUGACGCUGAGACCCGGUCAGGAACUCCCGCAAAGGAUUCCGAAGCUGCCACAACGAAAGACGACGAUGAAAAAGAGGCUUCACCAGAAAUUCGCGAACAAAAGAUCGAUUUAUUGAAGAGUUUGUUAACCAUCGGCGCUAUUCCUGAAGCUCUUUAUAUGCUCAGCAGAUUCCCGUGGCUUAUGGAUAUGCCGGAGCUUCCCGACUAUAUCCACCGUAUCGUUCACCAUUGUCUUAGUAAGAUAUAUGCGCCUUUGCGGCCUAUGCAGGGUUCGGAUCAAAUUCGAGCACCCAGACCGAUUCCCAGCCCCGAUCAAUCUGGCGUCGCAAAGGGUCAUGUUCGUCUCGCCGACGGUCAACCUCGCAGAAUACUUCGAUGGGCUCAUCCGGAUAAAGAAGAUCGAGAAGAUGGAAUCAAUUAUCGCUUCUAUUGGGACCAUUGGGCGGAUACUAUACCUAUUUGUCAAAACGUGGACGAUUUCUUUGCCUUGGCAUCAUCUCUAUUAAAUGUGUCAGGUUUUAGGAUUGGCCAGGACCCGUUGCUGAUGAGUAAAAUUGCACGAAUUGCUCAAGACUCCCUCAACAAAGACGACUCGGAGUUCAACAAGAAUCGCUGGAGAGACUUCUGUAAACGACUUCUGCUCCCGGCCCUGAGCCUGUCUAAAAAGAACCCCGGUGUUGCUAAUGAAGUCUUCGCUGUCAUUCGUCACUUUCCAAGAGCAGUCCGUUACAACAUGUAUGCUGAAUGGCAUUUUGGACAAACAUCCAGGUUGCCCGAAAUCAAAACAGCAUUUGAGCUUGCUACUGCUCAAACAAGGGAUACUCUCAAACGACUGAGCAAGACCAAUAUCAAGGCUAUGGCUCGUGCAUUAGCUGAAAUUGCAUAUGCGAAUCCCGGGAUUGUGAUUAAUGUUGAAAUCACACAAAUCGAGUCUUAUGACAACCUUAUCGAUGUCGUGGUGGAAUGUGCACGCUACUUUACAGACCUAGGAUAUGAUAUUCUAGCUUGGGCCCUUAUCAACUCUCUAGGCCAACAGGGACGAAGUCGUGUACAGCAAGGUGGAUUGUUGACCAGCAGAUGGCUCAACGCUCUUUCAACAUUCACAGGCAAGGCAUUCAAGCGGUAUUCAGUUCUCAACCCUACGCCAAUUCUUCAAUACGUUCUUGAGCAGCUGCAACAUCAGAAUUCGACCGAUCUUAUUGUUUUGGAACGGAUAAUUAGCGCUAUGGCUGGAAUCGUUACCGAUACAAAUUUCAACGAAGCUCAAAUCCAAGGCAUGGCUGGUGGCAAUCUUCUGCAAUCGCAAACUAUGCUUCAGCUUUUAGAUAAGCGACACGAAUCAAGAACGACGUCCAAAAGACUCAUGAAAGCUCUGACUGAUUCUAAGAUGGCCGGUCAAUUACUCAUCGCUAUCGCGCAAGAGCGUCUCCUCUGUGUCUAUAGGGACUCCGAAAUGGUGCCUGAACUCAAAUUGUUGGGUAAUAUCUUCGAUGAAAUUCAUCGUAUCCUAACACAAUAUUUGGAUUUACUUCGGAGCAAUCUUACAGUUGAAGAGUUUGACUCCUUUGUUCCUAGUCUUCCGGAUUUGCUCGGAGACUUUGGUUUGCAACCCGAUAUUGCCUUCUGGAUUAUGAGACCAAGCAUAUGCAAACAAAUUGUCGAAGCAGACCAUAGCUCCCGCCAAGUACCUGCAACGCAGAGCAUCGAAGCCAGUGUUUCUGAAACUGGAGCCGUCGACAGCGACGUAGAAAUGACUGAAGGCGAGAAUAGUGAGAAGAAAGAAAUCGUGCAUGCUGAUGAGGAGAUGGAUGUGGAUAGGCCCUCAGGUUCCACUGACGUGACCGAAACUCAGCCUUCCGUUGAGGUCAAUGGCACGACUCCUAUUGCUGAUGCCAAGCCCUGGCAUCCUGUUCUGCAAGGCCUCAUGGAUAAAAUUAAGCCAGUGCUCCCUGAAAGUGCCUGGCAGACUGUGGGUCUACCUUUCUAUAUGACAUUCUGGCAACUUUCGUUAUACGACGUUCACGUCCCUGGCAAGGCGUACGAAGAUGAGAUUGAGCGACAAAAGCGCAGGGUUCAAGCGAUAUCGAACGACAGAACCGAUGUCAGUUUGGCCGGCACUCAGAAGAAAGAAAGAGAGAAGAAACAAAUUCAAGAGCUCCAAGACCGGCUUCUCGAAGAAAAUAAGAACCACCUUGUAUCAUAUGAAACGACUCGGAACAGACUACAAAAAGAAAAAGAUCACUGGUUUCCUAAUAUGCGAGGCAAAUAUGAAGCUUUGAAUCUGGCUCUUUUAGAGCAAUGCUUCUUACCUCGUCUUUUGUUAUCGCCCAUCGAUGCAUUCUAUUGCUUCAAGAUCAUGAAGUUUCUACAUGUUUCAGGAACGCCGAACUUCCGUACUGUCGGUCUGCUUGAUCAAUUGUUCCGAGAACACAGGCUGACUGCAAUUAUCUUCCAAUGCACAUCAAAAGAAGCUGAUAACUUCGGAAAAUUUCUCAAUGAGAUCCUGCGUGACUUGACCCGGUGGCAUGCGGACAAGUCAGUGUACGAAAAAGAAGCCUGGGGAUCGAACAAAACACUACCUGGCUUUGCUACGAAUGUGGAUGCCGAGGGCAAAGCGACUUCAUUUGUGGAUUACGAAAUGUUCCGUCGCUUACUGUACAAGUGGCAUCGGCUGCUUGCGGGAGCGCUGAAGACUUGCUUCAACAAUGGCGAAUACAUGCAUAUUCGAAACGCCAUUAGUGUCUUGAAGGCCGUUUCCCAACACUUCCCAGGUGUUAAUUGGAUGGGUCGUGAUAUGCUGCACUGUGUCAAUACCCUUAGUAACGAUGAAAGGGAAGAUGUGAAGAUUCCAGCGGCGUCAUUGAAAGGAGAACUUAGUCGAAGAGAGAAACAAUGGCUUCUCCCACAAGCUUUUAUGAUCAACGAGAGCUUGGCUGGGGAGAAAGGAAAGGUUCGUCCGCCGAGAGCAGACUCUGCCACACCGAAACAGCUGAACGCACAAGCCGCAGAAUUCAAGCCUCCAGGAGCAAAUGGCACGCCAAGCGACCAAGGCACAGGUAAAAUGGACGUGGAGGAUGGUGAGAUUGAGGAUGCAAAGAUGGUUGAUGCUUCACUCGCUGCCGGAAAGACAGGCUUGCAACCUGAUCAGGCAUCAGCAACCGAAAGUGCAACGAGCGAGCAACCUAGAGUGCAACAACCCGUUGUGGUGACGCCUCCGGCAGAUGCUGCAGCCAAAGACCACAAAAUUGAGCAUGCAGGAAUAGCCGGACCAGACGAGAGGAGACUGUCUACCACAGACCGAUCGACAUCUCUCUCAUUCAGAGACACCGACACCGCUCGAGCUAGAACAACGUCGCCAGCUCAGUCCCGACAGGGUUCAAGACCUCCAGAUGCGAGCCAGUCUGCGAACAUACCGAAACGCCCGGAUCUUGACAGGGUUGCCUCACAGCCUCCACGAUUACCACUGCCGCCUAGUUUACCCAACAAGCCCGAGGUUCCUCGCGGUUACAACCGGUCAGGUAGACAGUCGGAUAUCAAAGACGACCGCAGAGAGAUACGGGACGCUCGACACUCAGAUUCGCCUCGCUCUAAUCGCUACCCUGACUCGGACCGUGACCGUUUGCAUGACCACGAACCUCGUGGUCCAGGCCGUUCAGACCGCGAUCGCGCAGAUCCGCAACGGCUUGGCCCUCCAGACGACGAUCAAUUCCGUGCUUCACGCGACUCUCGUCAUCAUCGAGAGCCCGAGGCUGAUCGUGCAGGUUCCUCUCGUCCGGCAACGCAGCCACACCCAGAAAGGGCCAACGUCAUCCAAGGACACCCGGAUCGUCUUGCUUUGAUAGAAGGUGAUAAUCAGCGUCGCGAUGCAUCAAGACAUGAUCGAGACGACCGAAGGCAUCGAUUAUCUUCACCGGCAAGAGGAGACGAGCGCCGUGGCCCUCGUCAUGACGAAUUUCCGGCAGGACCGCGUAGCGACAGAGUGGCACGAUCCGAUUUGCCAGAAGGGAGAGAAUUACGACCUGGCGGCGAUGUAUCCCAUGGAAGGGGACCUCAGGAUUCUAGAACUGCACGACAACCUGAGCCGGCCAAUGAAAUCCCACUUGGUCCUCGAGGUAGGCAGUCGCGCGGACGAAAUGUGUCAAUGCCACAACCGCCACCACCUGGGACACCCAAUAAUAGACCUUCGGAGCGUCUACCACCCACUGGUCCUUCCGGUCGAUCAAAUGGCCGCGCUUCCGAUUCUUCUGCCGCGCCAUCACCAGCUCCGGGUACCGAGAAAGGCGAUACUGGAGGUGUCCAUCCUGACCGUCUCAAAAAUCUCCAAGUUUCAACCGAGUCGAGUCCUGCCAACAAUCGAUCCCAGCCGCCAGUCCCACCAAGUGGACCCCGUAGUUCCCUUGGGCAUAUAGGUGGUUCCCCCGUCAUACGUACACCGCCAUCGGGGCCAGGAAACGACAGGAAUCGUGGAGAUAAACGGUUCUCAGGGAUCACUAACAUGCUCCAGCAAUCAGGUGGUGCUCAAGAACGAGGUGGACAAGGAACUUCGAUUCGCGGCAGAGGCAGACAAGCUCAAGAAAGUGGACCAUCCAGUCCUCAAGUGGGAGGACCUGAUGUUGCCCCUGGACAAGAACGGACCGAGCUUUUCCCAACAGCUCCAGAGGGAGAUACUCGACCUUCUGGCCGCGGUCGACGAGGGGAACCCUCACAGGAAACAAAUCGGGAAUCAAAACGGACUGAAAAGCAUGACACUGAUCGUGGUCGUCGGGACGAAGAUGAGGCUACGAAAGGUGGUCGAAGAGAUGAGCGCCGCGAUCGCGGUCGGGACCGACAACACAACCGUCGAAAUGACAACGCAGAAGAUGACGCGCACCAGGGUGGGAAGGACUCGACAAACCGCCGCGCUACUGGCGGUCGUGACGACCACCGAAGGAGAGAUCGCCGAGACAGGGAUGAUGGACCAGCCGACCUGCCAGGACCUAACGGUGGUGACCAUCACGGUCGCAACCGUCCUUCAUCAUCUCAUAGCAGUAACAACAACCCACUGCCAAAUCCUCCACCUGUACCUGCAGGGCUGCCUAAUGAUGACCGUCGAUGGGGUGGUGGCAGUGGCCGUGGCGAGAAUCGCGAUAGAGAUCGCAACCGAGAUCGUGGCGGUGGUGGAAGAGAUCGUGAACGAGACUUCAAUCGCGAAAAUGGACCCGGCGCUGGUACUCAAAAUCUCCCACGCAAACGUGGCCGCCCUGGCGAUGACAAUCACGGACACGGAGACGGCGGUCCACGUGGAAUGCGCGUUGGAAGCGAAAGUAAACGAGCACGUCGAGGUACAUAA